CAUCGAGAUUAAAAUAAAACAACAAAUAUACUUAUCUUAAAUGGUGGGGCAAACUGGUUAUGUGAUAUAAGAGUGGCAGUAAACAUUAUUAAAGAUAGUAGACAGCUGAUUCUUGACCAUUCAGUACUCAUUUACGGCAUUGUCUCUCACCGAUCUAGAGCUGCAAAUUAGGUUUACGAAAUGCUAACCAUCCUGAUUGGAUUGUUGAUACCCUUGUGGCUGUUCUACAAAUACUAUGUGUCCGUUUACAACUUUUGGGAGUCACGGGGAAUCGCUUCGGAGCCAGGGAGGUUCCCCUUUGGCAACAAGUUACAAUUAGUGACCAUGAAUAAAUCUCAGGCACUGGUCAUAGAUAAGAUGUACAAAAAGUUCGAAUCGCAGCCAUAUUUUGGAUUUUAUGUCUUGAGAUCGGCACUCCUCGUUGUCAAGGACCCCGAAAUCAUCAGGCUCAUUAUGGCUAAAGAUUUUUCACAUUUCCGAGAUCGUUUUCCAGCUAGAGUUUUCACUUCUAAAGAGGAUAAACUUCAGCAUCAUCUUUUCAAUCUGGGCGGAGAGAAAUGGAGAGCAUUGAGGAUAAAACUGACCCCUACAUUUACGAGUGGGAAACUGAAAGGGAUGUUCCCGCUUUUUAUCGCCUGUGCCGAGGAUCUCAGCAAAAUGCUGAUCAGUCAAAUAGAUAAGCCCGUGAAUGUAAAAGAUAUUACAGCAUGUUACACAACUGAUACAGUGUGCAAUUGUGUCUUCGGCUGGGAAAACAACAGCAUUAAUGAGAAAGAGAACAAAAUGAGAAAACUUGGACAAACUGUCUUGGAAAUAUCUAAAACGGUGCUGUUGAAGAGAAUGUUGCGGAAUAUAUUCCCCGGUAUAGCUAAACUCUUGAAAUUGAGGAUAGUAAGUAAUGAAAUCGAAGACUCGUUAAUAAAGAUGGUUGGAGAUACUAUUGCAUAUAGAGAGGCGAAUGGUAUCAAACGGAAUGACUUUUUAGACUUAUUAAUUCAAUUAAAAAAUAAAGGAUCAGUUGAGGAUGAUGUGAAAAAGAAUGGAAACGAUACCACUGCUGAACCAGUGGAAAUGGAUCUCGGUAUGCUGACAGCACAAUGCUUUGUAUUUUUUGUAGCGGGAUUUGAAACUUCUAGUUCUGUACAAAGCUAUUGUCUGUACGAGUUAGCCCUGAACCCAGAAAUUCAGAAAAAAUUGAGGGAAGAAAUCAACGCUACUAUAAACAAACAUGGUGGUAUUACCUAUCAAGCAAUUCAGGAAAUGGAAUACCUUGACAUGGUUGUUUCAGAGACAAUGAGAAUGUAUCCGACACUUCCAGCUUUGAACAGACAUUGCACAAAAGAUUAUACGACGCCAUCAGGCCAGAAAAUAAAGAAAGGAGACGAUAUCAUAAUCCCUCUUUAUUCACUUCAACGCGAUGAGAAAUAUUUUCCUGAACCGAAAAAGUUUGAUCCUGAAAGAUUUUCAAAAACGAAUAAGUAUAAAAUAAAUCCAUUCACAUACAUGCCGUUUGGUGAGGGACCACGUAAUUGUAUUGGUUCUCGGUUUGGACUCAUACAAACAAAAGUAGGAUUAAUAACGAUAUUGAAAAAUUAUGAAGUAUGUAAGACUGAAGAAACGCAAGUUCCGCUUGAGUUUAGAGGUUCUGGUGUUAUAGCUAUGACCAAAGGUCCAAUCACACUAAAGCUGUCACCAAAACCUUCUGAUUACUGAUUUACUUAUUAAAUAUUUCUAGACUGUUAAAAUUCCUAUAUUUUAUUUUUAUGAAGAGCGGUGACUCAUUAUUUAAAAAUACCUACUGUGAAUAAAUUUGUUAGGUUGUACAACCAGGUUUUAUUAUUAACUUAAUUUUUUUUGUAAAUAACAAUAAAAAUAAAAUCAUCAAUUUUCACUUUCUAUUUCUUUCCAUCUUCUUUAUAACUUCCAAUUUCAAGUUAAUCAUUCUAUUACACAGUUUCGAAAUUUAGAACUGCCUAUAUAUUUUAAGACACCCAAUAAAUAUUUUAAAAUUGACACUGCUGGAAGGUUUAGAAUUUUUAGAAUUAUAUGAAUGGUUUUUAUACAACAAUGGUGUCUACAUUGUAUAAAAAGGUGAAACUCAUUAAUAAUGAUGGCUAUUUAAAUGAUAUGAGCUUAAUUUGAAUGAUGUUAACAAAUAAUUUAAUAUGUGGAAGCUAUUGAAGUACCUCCAAAUUGUAGUAUGAUGGGGAAUACAGGUCCAAUAUAAGUUGAAGGAUGCUAGAUCAGUAUGUGAGUCGGAUGGCGGUGUUAUCAGCAAAUGAUGUCAACAAGGUAUCGGUAUGGACAAGGAUAUCAGUGGUAAAGAGGAUAUAAAGGACGGGGCACAAAACGCUACCAUGAGUAACACUGGCCUCAACUAGAUAGCAAUUGGAAAAUUCUGUAUUUCAGCGAACUUGAAAAGUGCGAUCAGAGAGGUAGUAGUGGAGACAGAUGAACUGUCACUAAAGAUUGGGACAGAUGGGCUUUAACCUUGAAAGGAACCCUGCGUGCCAUACCCGGUCAAAAGUUUGUGCUAUGCCCAGAAAUACACCCGAGCUGAGGAAAUAUGAUCAAUCACUUGAAGUCUCUGUUGGACUGUGGAGGGUUGCGAACGAAAUCCAAACUGAUAGGAAGAAAAUUUUGGGAUUCUAUAAAUGAUAGGAUUCGUUACAGGAGGAUCUUUUCAAGGAUUUUUGAAAGGAUUGGAAGUAGGCUAGUUGUUGGGAAUAUGCCACGCUGUUGGGAAGUUUUCCUGGUUUUGAAAAUAGGAUAAUAGUGGAAUGUUUCUUUAAAAGAACAAAGUGAGUGGUUUGUAGGAUGCUAUUGUAUAUCCAAUUGUGGAUUAUGACAGCUUCGGGAGGAAGUUGUCGAAGGUUCUGAGAGGUAAGCAGCUCGUAUCCAGGAGAUUUUUUGGGGGGGGGGGGGGGGGAGGGAGGCAGGGAAGUAGGUUUCGAAAAUGAUGUUUGACCUCAGAAGGAUUAACUAUAGACUAGGAUGGGUGAAAUAAGAAAUUCUUCAACUGUUAUGGUGUGAGGGGUGCGGGGUGGCCGAAAGGGCUAAAGCGUGUGCACUGCACCGCGAGUUGCCUGGCAACCGGAUAAGAGAUUUGAGAAGAUUAAAAAGUAUGAGUUCGUGGGCGGGGUGGCCGAAUGGGCUAAAGUUUAUGCACUGCACCGCUGUUGCCCGGCAACCAGAUAUACGCAUCAAAGAUAUAAAAAUAGUCACGAGUUCGCGUCCCGGUGCCGGAGGAGUCUUUUAAAUCCCCGCCCACACUCCCUGGCCCGGGAUAAUCCCGUAUAGCCUUAACGGCGAGGAAGGGAAGGACCAAAAAAAAAAAAAAAAAAAAAGAAAACUGUUAUGGUCUGGUGGGUUUGGAUUCCGGAUAAAAGGUGAAUAUAAAGAAAAGGUGUUUGGCAAAUUCACGGGAAGAAUGUGAAAUAUGAUGGGGGAAUUGUCUUGAGCAGAGACGGAAGUAAGGUAGGAAUUGAAGGAUUUGGAUCUGGAGGAAGCCAAUUCCUGCAUUAAUAUUUUACAGUAAUAAUUAUAGGAGCGGUGGUCGGUGGGGUGUAUGGUAUCGGCCAUAAUAGUCUGUCUCAGCGUUCGGUGCGGAUUACGUUCAUGAUGUGUUUAAGUAAAUUAUUUUUCUUAGCUUCUUUAAGGGUGAUUCGGGUAGAAAGAUCCAACCAGAUUGCUUGUUGGAUAGUGGUGGUAAAGGAACGUAUGGCAUUGUCAAGGUCAUCUGUGGUUUCAGGGUUAUUGGGAGUUCAAUUUUAUUGGAAAGGAUUUCAUGAAAGACUUUCCUGUUAACUGGGCCUCUGACGAAGGACCAUACUGUAGAGAGGAUGUAGGAAUAUGACCUAGAGCACUGGCAAAUUAGAUAUACCAGAUUUCUAGAUUGUGGUCUUAAGACAAGUGAAGACACCUGGCAUCCAUAUGCCUAGUGGACCUUCGUCACUUUUAAUUUCACCUUCUAAAAUGGGAACCAAUCUCAUUAAAAAAACAUAAAACUCUAACCAUUCAUUGUGUGAUGAAGAUGAAACCUCAAGGUAACCCACACAAUAUCUGUUGACAUAAACACAAAGUAUGAUUUCUUACUGAAUACUAAUACUGAUAUGAGAGAAAAUACCAGCUGCGCCAUUGAGAUACCAAAUUAAGACUGGUCGUAAUGAAAUCUUCUGAUGCAUACAUUAACGUCAUAUUGACUGAAAGGAUUAAAAAAGAUAAAUCAAGAAUUAUUCAUAUUCUAUUUGUACUGCACUUACUUACCCGCCAACACACUCUUAAACAGCAUAAAUAUAGGACGAUUGUUACAUAAAUAAAGUGAUGCUUUAAUGUUCUACAGAAGUCCUGUUACAAUUAUUAUUUUUCUAUUCACAAGUUUAUAUUUAUCCAUUUGCAUACCUUAUUAUAAUAAAAACCAAUUUCACUAAUCUGUCUAAAUUUUUAUUUAUUAUGACAUACUUAUAUCCAUCCCAUAAGGUAAUGUUAAAUAAACCAGUUAUUUAUUGUCAUUUAUGGUCAAAAUUGACAUGCCUAUUAGGAGACGACUAAAAAGGUGCUGAAUGAGAGAUCUUCCUUUCCUGAAUCAAGGAAGUAAAAAAAGACCCAGAAGAGAUACUGCUGCGUACUAUCCUUCCUCAUGCAUAUAAUGCCAUUGUCAAACUAAUGAUAGGUGCGGAUUUAAGUUUGAUGAGAAAAAAAAAAUAUGGUCUACUGAAUAAUCUAAGUAUUCCUUUUUACAGUUUCAUUAUUAAUUUAUUCUCAUCAUCAUUUAAUGUAAUUAAAUCAAGAAUCAUCUUAGUGUAAUUAAAACUGUACAAUGUAAACAAUAUUUUACUCAUACCCACUUUCCUAUGUUUAAUCUAUGCUUAAAAACAAGAAAAAUUUAUUUUUAAAUUCAAAUCUCCAUUAUUGCUAUUACCUGAUACCACAGAGAAUAGAAUGUACAUACUCUAUGCCUAAUACCUAUGCAAAGUGACAUCACUAUCAUGGAGUAAUUUUCUUCUAUCAUGGAUUAUUUGAGCCUUGAAACAUAACAAAAUUCAGAGUCAGGAAGUUUAUGAAAAACUUUAUAUAUCCCAUUAUUUUUAAGCUUGAUAACAGGCUUAUCAAGCUAUAAUCAAAUAACUUUCUGCUUUCUGCCAAUCUUACAAUUUAACAUUUUAGAGAAGGAGUUGGUCGGGGGAGGGGAGGAGGAGAGGAGGGGAGAGUGGAGGGGGAGGGAAGUUGCGGUCAAAUAAAUACAAAUCUUUUUAAAAAAUAGUAUUUUUAAUUGUUUGGCCGACAUUUCGACCCAAUCUUGCAGGUCUUCAUCAGAGCUACAAAGGAUACAAAAUAUAAAAAGUACAUGGUGAAAAUAAAAUAAAUGAAUUACAAGUAGAUAUUAAAUAAGAAACAGUUGUGCUGCUUCAGGUGUGUGCCUGCACCUAACUACCAAACACCUAACACCAAGCUGUUGAAAUUGUGAUAUGGUACAGUUCCCUACUAAGAUUUUCAUAAAUGCGGCAUGACUACUGGCAUUAAGUUUAUGUAUUUAUACAUUGUACAUAUAAAAAGAAUCAAUUCAAAAAAAAGAUUCAUAUAUUGAAUAUUAUCGUGUUAUGUUAACAAGUGGAGACAGGCAUUGCUGGAGUUCAUAGAUUCAACAGCGAUGCGUUAUUAUUUUUAAAGUCUUCACUAGGGAGAGAGGGGAGUCUUCACGUUAACUUUUGAUGAAGAGUAUAUAUAAAAAGAGAUAAUAAAAUUAAAAUGGCCUCCAGUAUGGGCUUUAUUGUAUUUUUAAGUACAAAAAUGUUUUCCCUCUUAUUAUGUAUGUAUUUAAUUGAUAUGAACUUAAUGCAUUUUGAAUCGAAAAAAUUGAUCCUUUUUGAUUUUUUAGUGAUAUAAAUGUUAACUUUUUACUUUAUGUGAGCAGAUAAAAUAUAUUCUCAAAAGUUAUCUUGAUUUUUUUUCCUGAUAAUUUAGCUUAUUUUUGAAAAAGUAUUUCAGUUUUCCAGAGCAUGACAAUUAAAUUUUAUGAUAAUUUGAAGUUUGGGGUAUACCACACAUCAGAGUGUCAGAAUGAGUUGAGGUAUUUAAGUGUGUCGUUCUAGGGUAAAGGGUACAUGAUACUUGGGAAGAUAAUUAUUAACUUUAAAAAUAAGUGAAAAUUGGUGAAUUUUAUGUUUUAUUCUUAUUCACAAAAUAAUUUAAGUUAAUAGUAAAUCUAACCAAGGUAUUAUAUCAUUAUUCGCACUCUGAUUUUUGAAAUAGAAAGAACAUUCAUAUAUAAAAAAAAAUUAGUAAUUAUUAUUCACACUUAUUAUUGGAUUUUUUGAUAACUACUUUAAUAUUCUGAAGAUUUUGAAGAUACUUUUAAUGUGAUUGGAUCUUUGGUAAUAGCUAUUACAUGAUUAAAUGAUAGGAAGAAUUAAUAAAAUCUUCUUAUUAGUUUUUAAAAUUCUUUAAUCAUUUAAUGGUUUAGGCUUUUGUUGCUAAUUUUCAAAAGCUUAUAACCAUAGAAAUAUAUAAAAAAUACUUUUUUAUCUUAAUUCUUCUUCUUCUUCUUCUUCUUGGUCUUCCAUUUUUCCUGAAAUACAGAGUGAGGUUGACCUUUCAAUAGAGCUUGAUCCACAUAUCCCGGUCCUGUACCAGCUGUUUUCUCCUACUCUCUUUUCAUAUAAUAAAUGUCAAAUUGACAGAGUAUCAGUCUGCCACAUCCAAAGCCUGAUGGAGGGUUUGCCUUCUUCAAGUUUUCUGGUAAAUUUUCCUCUGCUUCACUGCUUAGGUCUUAAAAAGUGAGGUACUGACCUGAGAUGGUGCUGUUGGUUUGCAUUCCUUCAGGCUACAGAGGAUGGACUCUCCUCUUUUCUUAACUGGGCUUGGAACCAGCCAUGGCGGAAUUCUUAUUCUUAUAAUAAAUUAUUUACUAUGAGUAUACUUAAGUUGUUAAUGUUACAUUAAUUAUUGUUAAUGUUACACAAAUAACUUUUUUCUCUCAUCAUUUAUUAAACUAUUACAUUCCUACAAAUCUACCAUAAUUUAGAUGUAAGUUAAAUAAAUUUAAAAUAUUAUUGUUUCCGCAAUUGCAAUAGCUUUUUCAUUGUGGAGUAUUAUGUGUACGUUGGGUAACUUUUUUUCAAAACUCUGUAACUUCUAAAAUAACAAUGACUUUUAAAAGUUCAACGUACAGUUUUAUUUUUCAUGUUUUGAAGAUACUAUAUUAACUUUUAAGUUAUUUCUUCAUCAAAUUUUGACUAUAAAAAAAUCAUUUUUAAAAAUUAUAAAUCACCCAAGGUACAGUUAAUAUUUUAUCUUAGGCCACCCUAUAUUGUAUCUUGGUCAAUAAUUGUUAUAAUUGGAAUUAUAAUUAUUAUUGAAUAAUGGGCAUCGCUAAAAUAAUUGUAAAACUGCAUUUAAUAAUAACAUAAAAAAUAUUUGGCUCAUUGACCAUUUAAAAAAGGAACAUAGAAUAAUAAUCUACUACGCCUUCCAUCUAAUAUUGGUGGAAGAAAUCAAUUCCUAUAUCUUGUACUUCACAUUCAUCUAGUUCUUGAAACCAUAUAAAGGACAAAAUCGUCUUUGAAAUUCUGUCAUGGCUACAAUUUUUUACUUUGUCA